AUGCCUACACGUACGUCUUCAAUGGCGCCGUCGACGGAGACGAACGAGUUCAACGUUGCUACGUCAGCGCUCCCGACACACUUCGUUCUCGUCCCCCUCGUGGCGCAGGGCCACACCAUCCCGAUGGUGGACCUUGCACGCCUCCUCGCAGGACGCGGUGCGCGCGUGAGCGUGGUGACCACGCCCUGGAACGCCGCGCGCCUCCAGGGCGUCGCCGACUCUGCGCGGCGCGCCAAGCUGCCCCUAGACAUAGUCGAGCUCCCGUUCGCGCCGGCCGACGACGGACUGCCCCCCGGCUGUGGCGACGACAUCGACACCUUAGCCCCCAUGUUCCAGGCCCUCCACAGGCUCGCCGGCCCCUUGGAGGCCUACCUGCGCGCGCUGGGGCGGCGGCCCGGCUGCAUCAUCUACGACAGGGCUAACGCAUGGACUGCCGGCGUGGCCAGGAGCGUUGGGGUGCCGCUGCUCUUCUUCCACGGCCCUUCCUGCUUCUACUCGCUCUGCGACCUCAACGUCGCCACGCACGGACUUGUUGAGGAGCGCGAGACGUGCGUCAUGCCAGGCAUGCCGGUGCGCCUGGAGAUGACCAGGGCUACCUGCUCCUCCGCUUUCUUGAAGACUCCUGCGUGGGAGGCGUUCCAGAAGAACGCCAUGGAGGCCAUGCGCAUGGCCGACGGCGCCGUCGCCAACACGUUCCUGGACCUCGAGGGACAGUUCGUGUCGUGCUACGAGGCGGCGCUGGGGAUGCCGGUGUGGGCGCUCGGGCCGUUCUGCCUCAGCAACCGCGACGAGACGGCCCUGGCGUGCCGCGGGGACAAGGACAGACCCACCGCCGUCAACCAGAGCGCGGUCACCGAAUGGCUCGACGCCAUGUGCACCGGCUCCGUUGUUUUUGCCAGCUUCGGCAGCCUCGUGCGGGUGCUUCACGAGCAGCUGUACGAGGUCGGGCAUGGCCUCGAGGACUCGGGCAGGCCGUUCCUUUGGGUCGUGAAGGAGUCCGAGGUGGCGGCCUCGCCGGAGGUGCUGGAGUGGCUGCAAGCCCUGGAGGCACGCACCGCGGGUCAUGGCCUCGUGGUGCGCGGCUGGGCGCCGCAGCUCGCCAUCCUGUCGCACCGCGCCGUGGGGGCCUUCGUGACACACUGCGGCUGGAACUCGCUGCUGGAGUCGAUCGCACACGGCGUGCCGGUCGUGACGUGGCCGCACUUGGCAGACCAGUUCCUGAACGAGCGUCUGGCCGUGGACGUGCUCGGGGUGGGCGUGCCCGUCGGCGCAGCUGUGCCUGACGGCGAGGCCGUAAUGGUGGCGCGCGGAGACAUCGCGCGGGCGGUGUCGGAGCUCAUGGGCAGUGGCGACGUGGCCGAGGAGAGGAGGAGGAAGGCCAAGGAGUACGGCGAGAGAGCUCGCACGGCCAUGGCCAUAGGAGGUUCAUCGUACCAAAACCUGGCGCGGCUGAUACAGAGAUUCACGCCCAAUGAUGCCAAGGAACAGUAG